AUGCCGACCAAUAUUCCUCAUGGUGCUGAUGCAAACCGUGCUAUUCGAAACAUUUCAAAGAUCAUUUUGAUAAAUGGGCAAAGGGGAUUCGGAACAAUACAUUUAGCCGAAUGGUUUGAUGGACAAAUUGAACAAUUGAAUAUUGAAAAUCAACAAUGGAAAAGAUACGGUCGUCGACGAGUG